UGUUCUCUAUUAGGAGGUCGGUUUUGAACAGUUCUUGAAUUGAACUAGUCAAGCCAUACCUAAUUUAGCUGAACGAGGAUUUAUCCUGUAACUCACCAGCAUAUCUCAUCAAUUAUACAUACCUACCUAGAUACACAUACACAUACGCCGAAUCCUCAAUCCUCAAUCCUCAAACCAAGAUGACAGCAAAAGGGGAAACUGCUCGCGGGGCAUCGGGUCGCUCACCAAUGCGCUUUAUAUCCGUCGAUAACGUUCUACAGCAUGCUUCCGAAAUACCGUCCGGUCAACCGCGUGUUCCCCCACAACGCGGCCCUCGUGUCAUUCCCGGUGUACGACGCGUAAAUGGAGGCGGUCUUCCUAAUCUUGCAUCACGCACGGGGCAGCAUAACAUGCCAUCGCGGACCACUAGAAUUAGUGAGAAGCUGGUGUUGUUACCCGAGACAGCUGGCGAUUUAGAAGGACCCGAUGAAGAAGUCGGAUCUGGUUUUCGCGAGGACGAGACGAGGCCGUUGAAGGAUGAAGAGCUAGACGUUUUGAGGAAACGGGGAGGGCUACGUGGGAAAAGCUAUGCCGAACGACUACCCAAGUUUGAAAGAACCGAAAAACUGUCGAGGCUCACUGCCUAUUGCACUGCACAGUCCUACAAGAUGAAAUCGACCUCGGAAUUUCUCCGCAAGAAGCACGACGCUAAAACAAAACUCUACGACGAUUGCCUCUAUACCGUAUACCAUCUGCCGCUACUACCGGGCGUGGACGGUUGUCGCGUGAGGAGUCGACCGAUACUUAAAACCCCCGGCACGGGCAAGACGGUUUUAGAUCUCGAAAUCGAGCGGAGCGAACGGAGAGAUGAGCAUAUGGGCUAUUACGACGAAUAUUCAUUCAAUGAACGAAACGGAAGUCCCAGCCACGAAAAUGGCAGCUAUCAAUCUACAUCCGAUGAUAGUGGUAGUGGUCGGGAUCCCGAAGGUCACACUUCUCAACAAGACCACCAAUCAUCGAGUCCUAUUAAUAGGCUGGCACCCAAUGCUAAACAAUUUGCUGAGAUGUUUGUUUUCUCGUACGGCGUUGUCGUAUUUUGGAACUUCACCGAAGCCCAGGAAAAGGCUAUUCUAGCCGACAUCACGUUUGCUGAGACUGAGAACGGGACACCGUUGGUCUCGCGACCCCUUGACCAGAGCGAUGUUGAGACGGAGGAAUUCCAUUUCGAGUAUAACGCGGAUGUAAAGAGACCGCGAAUAUUCAACGAUAUGAUUACAUUGCUUCCACGGUCGGAUCAUAUGGUCAAACUGACUAUCAGCCACGCUAUCGCACAGAGCACCAAACUCUGCUUUUUCGAGGAGCGUAUGUCUGAAACUAUGCUGAAUGCGCAGGAUGUGCCGAAGCGACUAGCUCUUACCGGAGAGUUGAACAUGACGAGAACCGAGAUCGUGAAGAUCCUAGGCCGUCUAUUCAAGAGUCGUGUUGAUAUUAACCUCUCAUCCAAUAUUCUUGAUGUACCUAACUUCUUCUGGGACUCGGAACCUACGUUGCAUCCGCUUUAUGUUGCUAUUCGUGAAUACUUAGAGAUCGAUCUGCGCACCAAGGUGCUCAAUGAACGAUGCCGCGUCUUUCUUGAUCUUGCUGAGAUAUUGUCGGAUUCUGUCGCUGACGCGAAAAUGAGUGCCAUCACGUGGAUCAUUAUUGUUCUCAUUAUCGUUAGUAUCCUCGUUACCGUGACCGAAGUUGCUCUGCGGUUUGGUAUCCUCUCCAAGGAGCGAGGCGAGGGCAAUGGCGUGUCGAAUCCUCAAAACAUUCUCGGCGAAGGAUGGGUUGCUGUUCGAUCUAACGCUACCCUGGAGCAGCUGAGACAAUGGGGCGUUAGCCUAAACGAAGAAGAAAAAGCGGCCGUGUGCGGUGCGGAUUACAUCGGGACUACGUUUGCUGGUAUCUAAUAUUUAACAACAUUUCCUUUUGUACCACGCUUGCAUUCUAGGACGGCGGAAAACAGGCGCAAGGGGAGUACCGGUUUUGAUACCCAUGUAAAGGACCUUUGGGCACAUAUGUCUCUUAGCAUUCGAAGUACGUAAUUAACAG